AUGACUCAAAGCGUUCCGACUUCAUUCACUACGGAGAUCACAGUCUUCAGCGGACCCGCUUUGAAGGGAUCCAAUAGGCUACAAAAACCGUUUGAUAAGAACAACCGGGACAUGCGGACGGCUUGACAUUAUUUUUGACCUAUUCUCCACUUGCUGAUAUAAACAGGACAUAAAGUUGAUAUUUUUGGAAGUCUCCCAUAAAUGUAUGGAUAGUGAAAUAUUAUAUUCUCAGAGAAUUGUAUCGACAUGCAUAAAGGAUUAAAACACUUAAAUGUUCCACUGCGAGAUAUCUUCACUUCAAGUGGAUUAUAGCCUGAUCGACAAAAUGAUUACAUUUCUCACAUCUGGAAGUUCUUAUACGCAUAGAUAGCUCUUGUCUCAGGUGCCGUAACUCCGACCCAUCUUCUGCUCCUGUGUUGCUUCUCGGGCCAAAAGCGGAGUAGGAAACCAAACAGACUUCAAUUAACGUUAGUCUUAAAUGUAAACCUAAAUGAACACCCAAUAAAGUCCCACUGUUAGCCUCGCCAUGUUGCCUAUAAUAGUCAAAUAAUUCGGACUACUGGCUGUAGACUCGUGGAGGUAGCGGUUCCACCCGAGGGAUGGUACUGGAUUCCCGUGGUUUGGGAGCGACGCCUCAGCUCCUGGUUCUGGAACGGUGUUGGUGGAACUACUGGAACUUUCUCUCGUUCUGGAGCCCAAAGGACCUGAAGGGAGAUGAGAGCCGCUUUUCUGAGCUUCCUCCUCGCCUGCUUAUUGUGCCUGUUACGCACCGCCGCUGAGGAGGACCCACUCCCCCCGGAGCUGUUGGAGCGGCUGUCCCGCAGUGAGAUCCGCAGCAUCAGCGACCUCCAGCGGAUCCUGGAGCUAGACUUGGAAGAGAAUGAGGUGAUCGGGGAGAACAAACAGAGGUACCACAACAAGGCCUUCCCCCACAGCUACUCACAGCUGAAGAGCUCUCAGACACACUCCAGGCACAAGAGGAGCAUCGAGGAGGCGUUACCCGCGGUGUGUAAGACUCGUACGGUGAUCUACGAGAUCCCUCGGAGCCAGGUGGAUCCCACCUCCGCUAACUUCAUCAUCUGGCCCCCCUGUGUAGAGGUGAAGAGAUGUACCGGAUGCUGCAACACCAGCAACAUGCACUGCCUGCCUUCCCGCAAGCACCAUCGCACUGUCAAGGUGGCUAAGGUGGAGUAUGUGAGGAGGCGUCCUAAACUGAAGGAGGUGCUGGUGCGGCUGGAGGAGCACCUUGAGUGUAUAUGCACCUCCAAACGACACAUCAAGGAACUCUACGAUACAGACAAUGGCGUAAGGUGAAGACAGAUGGAUGAAAGAGAGAAGAGUGAAAGAGAGGAAGAGGGAAGAGAACAUGUUUCUCAGACUGAGAUAUGAACUUCAGCCAUGUUGUGUGUGAUGGCAACAAGAGAAGUGGGGACAGAGGACAGAGAACAUAUUCUAUAUAUGUUAUAUUCUAUAUCUUCCCACAAGACCAACCUUCAAAAAUCAAUCAUUUUGAUAACGUCAAAAUAUUGCCAGAAUCGGGAAUGAUGUUUCUGGAAGAUGCAAAUAAGGACUUCGGUAUUAGGAGUGGGUGUGGCUUUGAUUUGAUGAUUGACAGGUGUCAAAUAACGUGACUACGCCAACUGGGAGUUACAGUCUUUAUAUAAAGGACUUCUGACUACAAGACUACUCCCAUGAUUUUGGAUGACAAGCGGUUUGGAAUCCUCCCAAUCAUUUCCGAUGCUUCUGGAUUUUUCCAUCGGAUUCCGAGGACAGUGACUGGGAUUAUGUUUUGUAUAUUACAAGAUUCCAAGAUGUACUCUCCUUCUGGAACGGAAGGAAGUCACCUACAUGAUGUAUAUCCUCUUAUUUUUGUAACCCUGGUUUUCUAUUGCUGACUGACUUCCUGAUUAGUUUCUGGUAUGUUAUUCACAUAAAGGAAGGUUUAAAACAACUGCUACAUCAGUUACAAGUUACUAAUAAACUAUUUAUAAUGUCAA